UUCCUUUAAGAGUCCUCUUGUUCCCCACUUGUUGCUAUCUGAACACCACUCGUGAGCAAGGCCUUUUAAGCGUUCGCCAUCAUGACGGACACAGCCGACCUUCCGAAAUGUGUACACGCAAACUCGAUGGAUCAAGAAACGUCACCCAGGCUUCCCACCGAGUUGUUCUGGCAAAUAAUGAGCUGGAGUGAGGCUAAAGAUCUCUGGCGAUACCUAUUCAUCAAUCGGGACUUUGAGGCGUACAUCUUCGCACAUCGGGACUACGAGUUUCGUUGUGACGUACCCCUUACCAAAGACUUAUUGGAGGAAUGGCACGUUGAUGCGAAGCGGUCGGACCUGCUCAAACGUAUCCAAACCCUCGCGAUACAGGCAAAGGAUCUGAAGAUCGAGUUCAGGUUGCUACCUUGCUACAUGCGCAUUCUGGAGAGUGUCAAGAUCAUGUUUCCGUUGCACGGAUUUCUUCUCACGAUGAAGCAUGUCCCCGGAAACUUUCGUUGGGGAUUCGAUGCCAGCAUCACCUUUGAACCGCACUUUACUACGCGUAUGGUAUCUGCCUGGUCAGGAGAUUACAGUUCGGACGAAUCCUCAAAUCAUCAGAAAUAUAGGUCGGCUAUGGAGAAUGAGCGGGAACUCUACCGUAUCGUCAAUUCGCGCAUAUUUCAAUGGCGAGGGAUCACCCGGACCAACACAGACAUUAACUGUAUUCGCGGUCUGGACAUCUUCCCGAGAUCUUCCCGCGGCUAUCCAGGCUUGACGGCAUUGGAUUCCGGAGCCGCAGACCUGGAGGGCACUAGUAGGAGUGAUAUCAGAAGAUUUGAUCGAGACGAUCUGUCCCAGAUCGAACGACUGGGCCUUAACAUCGGUUCUCGGUGUAGAUCGGAUACAGGAUACAACAAUCGCGGCUUCAAUACUUCGAAGACAGGAUUUCUUUCGCGUCUCCGGGUUACCUUUCCAAUGCUGGAGGAGCUUGAUCUGGCUCCAACGCUGAUCAGCUGGAAGAACACGACCUGGCUAUCCCGAUACGAUUCCUGGCCGAUCCUCGAGUUGGGACACCUGAAGGUGCUCAAGAUAGCCGUAGACUUUGCCGGCAUUGACGACUCAGCCAAUUGGACUGCCGAUUCUCGCCUAAAGCCCGAUGUCGAACAAAGCGAGGUCGGCGGACCGAAACACCUCUACAUCUACAUCGAUUUUCAACGACAUGCCAAAAUCAAGGACGGUGUUAUCCAAACCCCCGGCUGCGAUCCCGAACUGAUCGUCAGGUGGAUCAUGCAGGUCGUACCUCGGAACAGCUAUGUCGGCGUGCGCGACUUCAGGGGUCCAGAGAGCAAGUGGUUGUUACAGACGCGGGAGGCGUUGUACCAAGCCCGACGCAAGCGAUGAGAGUCAUACGCCGUAGGGUCAUAUGACGAGGGCAUAGGAGACGAGGCGGGAUGAAGUUUCCAAUCCGGGUACUUUGGGCUGUCACGCAUUUAUCCGGCCGAAUGGGGAAAGCGGGACAACAAGCCUGUCGGUCGGGAUCGUCGCGUUCCCGAACGACACAUUAAAGUAGCUUCGGAACUCAAUUUACGCACAACAUAAGCAGAGUAUGGAUCGUGUCUGUCAAGUUAUGCAAGUUAUAGAUAUUCGUGGUCGAGUGUUAACGCGCGCUUACUGUAGCAUGGCGGCGGUGGCUUGAGCUGCCUCCACGCUACAGUAACAAGCUCUGCUGUAACGAUUUACACGGUCGUAAAAUCACGUCGCAACAGGCCUCAAAGGGGAUGCAUAUACCUGGUCUU